ACUAAUCCCAAGAUCCUCAGAGGAGGUCCACGAUUUCCGGGAGUGGUGUUGCCAGUGGGAAGGUGCGCGCGGGGGGACCUGUUGGAAAUGACGGGAGCUGAAAUACAAAAUCAAAACAAACAAGCCGGGGUCUAAAGCAAAGAGCGUCCAGUCUUAGGUAAUGCUCAAUGGAGACGCUCAUGAGUGCCGUGGCCCCGCGUGCACCGGCGAAGCGGGUGUCCGAGGUGGAUUUCCGCUCGGGCACGACACUUGAGCAGCUGUCUGCGCAGGUGCAGGAGCUGGUGCAGCUGGAGCAGGGGGAGUUUGGAGACCAGACGGCGCUCGAGGUGCACACAGCCAAAGAUUUUAUCUUCAACAUGCUGGGGCUGGUGCAAAAGGUUGACAAGCGACUGCCUGUGGCAAAUGAGUACCUGUUGCUAUCUGGUGGGGCAAGGGAAGGUGUUCUUGACCUUAACCCGGAAGAUCUAGGCGACUAUGCCAAAGGAGUUGACUUUGAUUUUGAUUUCACUUUACUGGUCCCUGCACUGAAGCUGCAUGAUCGCAAUCAGCCUGUAACGUUGGAUAUGCGGCAUUCUCCAGCAUGCCAUUCUUGGCUAAGUCUGCGCCUCUGUGAUUCUGCAAUGUUGUCACGUUGGAAUAUCUGCUGUGAAGAUGAGAAUGAAAGCGAGAAGAAAGAUGAGGAUGAGGAGGAAGAAACUGCAGCUGCACAAGGUUCAAUUCCCUCCCUGCAGUCUUCCCAGUUAUUAGAUGGAUGCUACUUUUCGCCUUUGUUGGUCACUGAUUGGUUUUGGAGUGUAGUUGGGACGGCGGUGGAAGAGCUGCGGCGGAAUCCUCAGAGGGGGAUUCCUGUUCCUGACCGGGUGGAGCGGAAUGGUCCACUGACAACACUAAUUCUCACGGCAGGGACUAGCCGUAUUCUCUACGAUUUGAUUCCGGUAGUUUCAUUUCGUGGCUGGCCAGCUAUUGCACAAGGUUGGCUCACGACAAACCACUUCUGGGAUGGUAAAAUUACAGAAGAGGAGGCCAUUAGUGGGUUUUACUUGCUUCCAUGCUGUUCACCAGCUGCCAGUCCUCCUACCAGACCUGACCGUGAGUGGAGACUUGCCUUCUCCCGCAGUGAGGUUCAGCUGAAGAAAUGUGUGCCACAUCCAAUGGCACAGGCCUUCCAAGCAGCCAAAGCUGUAUUGUCAAGGCUUUUAGCUCGUCCUCGCACUGGCCUCAGUCUCUACCACCUACGUACCUUAAUGUUUUGGGCAUGUGACCGGUUGCCUACCACUUACCUUGGCUGCCCAGAUCACGAGACACCUUCCCGGCUGUUCCUUGGUCUUCUGGAUGACUUGGCACACUGCAUUUUGGGCAAAAACUGUCCAAAUUAUUUCCUUCCCCAGUGCAACAUGCUGGAGCACCUCACAGAUGGUGCUGCCCUAUUGGUUGCACGAAAGCUUGCACAUCUACGCUCGGAUCCUAGUGAACACUUAAGAGCAGCAUUAGAGCAGGCACGGCAGGCAAGCCAGCUUAAACGUGAGGCAGCGGGAGCAGCAAGCAAUGGGCAUGGGUUAUCAUCGCCUAAGCAUGGUUAUGGUGCAGGAUCGCCACAAGAUGACCGGUUGGCACAGCGACUACAACAGUUGGUAACAGAGAACCCUGGCAAGUCCAUUUCAGUCUUCCUCAACCCAGAUGACGUAACACGGCCACAUUUCCGCAUUGAUGACAAAUUCUUCUGACCAGACUAAGCUGACAACCAACGUUUACACAUUUCCCAGGGUGUUGGAACCCAGUGCAACCAAACUUACAAUAGGAGGACUGUCUUAAUGAAUUACACCAAAUCUUAAAAAACUGUUUUACACUCAAAACCGCUAGACUACAAUCGAAGCGCUUGCUUGAUUCUCCAUUAAGGAACUGUAAGAGUUUCACUCAUCCAAAGGUUUUAGACAAGUCAGGGCGAACCGGAACAGUAGGAGAACAGAUGGAUUUUAUAUACUAAAAAGUCUUUCAAAUGGUGGUUCAAUAGCAUCCUUCCGAAAAUCCCCAGAUGACAGAUUGCACAUAAAGUAGACUUAGCCAAUGAUGAUGUGCUGUGGGAUUUCAUGAGGGUUUUUACCGUGUCCUGAUGCUUGAUACCACUGAGAAUUGAGAUUACAUAUCUGCUGUUUCACUAUAAAGCCUAAGGGCAAUUCAACAGAACAACCAACUAGGCCAAGGUACAUUAUGAUGAAACCGAAUGUAAUUUUUUGUAGAGAAGUUUUAGGUUUGUUUAUUACAAUACUCUCUUGCUUUAAUUUUUUAUUUUCUCGGUUACCUUGCUUGCACCUUUCUCAGGUACUUUUCUUUUUUUGUUUUAACUGGUAAGAUUUAAACAAUGCUUUACAGUAUAUAUAAAAGCACAGAGAGAAAAAAGACGAGGAAUAUAUCUCAAACACAUGCCUUGUCUUUUAUAAGUAAGAAGCUGCUGUACAGCCUGUUGAAAUUAUUUUUUGUAGCUAUUUUUGUGUACUUUUGGGUAUCUAGGUUAGAGUGUGCUGACAAUGAUUAGAUUUCACAGACUGUUGAUUUUUUCGAUUCUCGAUAGUGUUAAGUUGAUGACACUGAUUGGGUAUCAGCUAUUCAGCUUCCAGAUUAAAGGAAUGUGUGAUGACACACAUAUACACUGUCAAAAAAAGGGUACUUAGCUGUAUAUUUUCUGUCGGUGUGGUGGUACCCUUAAAAGUAAAUUUUUGUGUGAGUAUACAACACACUAAAAUGUUGUACAUUUUGGGGUAAAAUAUUAUACCCUAAGGAGCUAUUGUGUACCUUGAAGGGAUGCUCCAGCCAAAUAUCAAAAUUACCCUUUGAUUUACCCUCUCAAGCAAUUCGAGAUGCAUAUGUCCAUCAUUUUCAGAUGAACACAUUAUGAGUUAUUUUAGUUACAUCCUUGCUCUUCAAGUUUUAUAAUGGUAGUAAACAGGCAUCAUAACCAGAAGCUAGUUAUUAUAAAGUUUGAAAUAUGGAUAAUUUUCUUACAAUAUCACAUCCAUUACCCGCAAAAGACCUUUAUUGACCCUUGAAGCCAUGUGGAUUACUUCUGUGAGGAAUGAAUGCACUUUUUGGGCUUCAAAGUCACAAGUUGUUCCUUGAUCCCUGUUUUCUCCCAUUUAAGCUUGGAAAAGCAAGGACAUUUACUAAAACAACUCCAAAUGUGUUUGUCUGAAAGAUGAUGGAUAUGGAGGACCACAAGAGUCAUGCAAAAUGUAAUAAAGAACUUCAAUAUUUAAUAACUACCUGGACAAUAAAAAUAACAAUUAAUAGAUUUGUUUAAAAAUUCAUUAAUUAAUCUAUAAAUAAAUAGACAAAGUUACAAAAAAAACAUUAUGUAACAUUUUAUUAGGCAAUUAAAAGUGAUAUUAUAAAAAUAACGUAGAAAUGAAAUAUUAACCGAUUAAUAAAUAGUUCAAAUUAAUAUAACAAUUUACAAAAACAACAUAAAACACUCAAUAAGUUCAUCAUUUUAAAUUACAUUUACAAAUUCUUAAUUAAGUAAAGGAAUUUCAAAAUGUAUUUCAAAAAGCGAUUUAAAAAGAGAAAUAAAUAACUGGAUUUAUAAAUUUAACUACAAAUAGAGGUUUAAAUUAGGCAUUUAAAAGGGCAUUUCCGUUUAACAUUUCUGUUUUCAUUUUCCCGAUGGUUCUCCUUAUUCUUUUCGCUAUUCGAUUUGCUUUUCGUUUUAGCCUCUCUAUUUAGCUUUUCCGUGACUUUUUGGGUCCUAAUCCGAGAUCUAUAAAUCUGCGCAUAACGUACAAUCAGAGCCAAUCAGCGAGCUUGUUACAUCCCCCUGGCCAUAGCUAAUUUGCAUUUCUCAUUUGACCAUUUGCAAGGACCCAAAGAGUCACGGAAAAGCUAAAUAGAGAGGCUAAGCGAAACUAUUUAUUAAUGGAUUAAUAUUUAAUUUCUAUGUUAUUUUUAUAAUCUCACUUUUUAUUGCCUAAUUAAAUGUUACAUAACUUUUUUUGUAAUUUUGUCUAUUUAUUUAUAGAUUAAUUAAUGAAUUUGUUAAACAAAUCUAUUAAUUGCUAUUUUUAUUGUCCAUGUAGUUAUUAAAUAUUGAAGUUCUUUAUUACAUUUUGCAUGACUCUUGUGGUCCUCCAUAGAUGGACAUAUGUAUCUCAGAUUACUUGAGUGUGAGUAAACAAUGGGGUAAUUUUGAUAUUUGGCUGAAGUUACGCUUUAAGGAACAAUUUAGUACCAGUUAAUUUCUAGGGGUACUAAACUGUUAAGUGUACCUUAAAAUGGACGCAAUAGACCCUUAAGGUACAGUUAUGUACCCCAAAACGUCCUACAUUGUAUAAUAUUUAGUAUACUUGAAAAAGUACAAAACCACCCCAGCGGCCCACCCUUUUUUCUGACAGUGUGUAGUCAAUGGGUCAUGUAUUUUCAGGGAUAGGUACACAUGAAACGUUCUUGCUUCCUAUCUUGCAUUGGUGUCUGUGAAAGAGAUGGAUAGAAAAAGUCAAACACAAUGUCCACUAGAUGGAUUAGACUGAACCAGUGGUGCUCCCGGGACUACAGACUGCCCCCAUUUUCUCAUUUGGUUACUGUCAACCUAAUUGUUUCUGCAUGUCUGAAUAUUCCAUCAUGCUCAAGGAUUGAAGAACAAUAUCUAUUGAGCAUAAAUCGCAUUAGCCCCCUUUGAGAGUUGGCAGACUAUUCAUGUGUUGCUGUCAUGGCUGCUGUAUGCAGAGCAAUCAGUAACAGUGUUGCCUUUGAAUGACUACAAAAUCGAAUAGGCUGAAAGAGAUUUUCUACUGAUUUAUAUUCUUGUUUUGUAAUGUGUGCAUGAAUUUGUGAGAUGGCACUACUGAAGAGUUUGUGUAGUAUUUUGCUGCCGUGGUACUAUGUGCAUUACGUGUAAUGUGAUGUGGUACUUGCACUGUUUGCUGUUCGCCAAGGAUAAUACACCAAAGAAAGAUAAAGGUCUGGUUGCUUUGAUUAAAUGAUGUUUGUGUUACACUCUCAGAAAUUUAAUAGUAUACUGGUUCCUCAAAAGUAUAUAUCUGUAUUAAAAUUGUACAGGACCUUUUUAAAAGGUAAAGUCUCAGUGACAACUCCUUUAUUCUGAGAGUGCAUGAAGGCAUUGGAUGUAGGGCUGCAAAACAACUAAUCGCAACUAAUCAUUUGCAGAAUAAAAGUUUGUGUUUACAACAUAUA